AUGAGACCAGAAUUUCGAAGAUUAGAAGGGGAUAUCUUGGAAGCGUCGAGGAGGUUAGAUUUGAUGGAGGGGUCUUUGGUUGGAGUUGUAGAGUCUAUAUUGGCGAAGUUUAAGGAAGAAAUGGUAGACUCAGUAGGUUUUGUUGUUGCUGAGUUCAAUAAAAACAACGAUGGUGCUGGAUCCAGGAGAGCAGAAAAGGGGACAGAUACAAGAAGUUUGGAAAACCGCAACGGUGAGGAUGCAAAUGUUACUCCACUUCCCGUUGGAAAUGAUGACGCUGUUGAUUAUGGGGAUAAUCAUAGUCCGGAAAAAAACAACGGUGUGUAUGAUAAAGCUGUUGGGGAAACUAUUAACAAUAGUUUUGCACAAUCCGCUCAUAGCCAGAAUAAUGCUUUCGCAAUAGAUAACCUCAAUCAGAGACCUUGCAUGGAUAUGCCUUCCUUCUCUCUAGGGCUAACUCAGGAAGAACAUUUGAAGGGGGGUGAGGGUAUUAGUCCGAUGGAGUCGAUGGGCCUUGUUAGGCGUUGUACCAUUAAUGAAGUUGACUACAAUGAAGAUGCACCGACGUAUCGAAAGAGCAAGAGACAAAAGUGUUUACCCCAAGGUCUUGUACAAGAUUAUGAGUGUGGUCGGGAGAUACUAGCCCGUGUAAGAAAAGCGCAGAAGUUCAUUUUUGCAUUUGCAGAGAAAAAAGAGAUCGAUAGAAAAUUUGCAAAACUCUUACAACACGUGAAGUGUCAAGUUUCCCUCAAAGUUGGUGGAGUAGAGAUAAGAGGCCAAGAUAUUCUACAAGUUGCAGAGAGAAAGAAAUUUCCUACUUCGAAGAUUUUCUUGGUGAUUCACUCGGUCAACGGCUCCGUCGAGUCCCGCGAGACGGAUCAGCUUUCUCACGGGGAGAUUCUCGGCCUAUUCCCACCAAAAAGGUGA